AGACGGAUGGUACUAAACUUGAUGCAUCUUUAUCUGUAUUAUGGAACUCUAUGGUUUCUAACGGCUUUUUUUAUACGAAAUUACGGUUGUCAACUUGUCAUAGUAUUCAUGUAUGGCAUGACGAGGCUUGAGCAAAAUAUAAAAAUUGUAUUUUAAUCUUAUUGGUUUGGGUCAACAUAUUAAUCAUCAUAAAGUGGACAGACGGUUGAUAUGGUUCAAUCAUCUUUUGAGUCAGACCUUCAGAAAAAAAUUGUUAAUGCCUUCGAGAUCUUUGAUCAGGAUGGUACAAGAACUGUUGAUAUAAGAGAAAUAGGAACAAUAAUGAGAUCUUUGGGAUGUUGUCUCUCAGAAGCUGAUCUGCAAGAUAUAUUAGUUGAGCUUGAAGAUGAGGACUCACCAGGAUAUGUAAAUUUAGAAACAUUUUUGCCUAUGAUGACAAAAUUUUUGUUAGACCAAAGGUUUCACCCAGCAUCAAGUAACAAACUUUUGCAAGCUUUCCAAAUGUUUGAUGCCGAUAAGAAAGGAUAUUUGACACAAGCAGAAUUAACUCAUUUUCUUACACAAGAUGGUGAAUGUUUUACACAAGAUGAAAUGGAAGAAAUGCUUUCUGCUGCUGUGGAUCCUCAAUCAGGUCACAUCAACUACAAGGAAUAUGUCUCUCAUUUGGUCUCUGAGAAUCUGUGACAUUUGCAGUGCAGCUUAUAUUUCUGAUCUCAUUUUACAAUACUGUUCAUAAAUCACAUAUUAAUUUAUAUGUAGAUAUCUUUCACUUACACCCAUGUUCAAUUAAUUAAGCCUCACUCAGUCUUUAGUUCAUUUUUCAGAAUGAAAAAGAAGAUAGUAUUAUAUUCUAAAAAUGCUAAUCUAAAGUAUUGAUAAGAUUCACAAUUUAAAAAGAAGAUUAUUUUUCUAGAUCUGUAAGAUGAGUUGCAUUUAAACUGAUGUGUUUAUGUAUUUCAGACUAGUUUGUUUUUAUAUAUGUAAGAGCCUUUUGGCUUUUUUUUUAUUUAUGUACUUUGUUAUUUUGUUCAAAAUAAACAACUUACACCAGUUUUUCUUAUUUUGGUUCACCAUGGUUAAAAAGUCAUUUUGAAAAACAUUUUAAGGUUUAAAAAAUUUAUAAAGAAUAAAUCUAAUAUAAUCCUAACACAUUAGGUUAUGAAAAAUAAAACAGAAAUGGUUUUUAGGUGAAACAAUUUAAACCACCAAGUGACCUGACUUUUUUUUCUUUAUUUGCCUGCAUGGUUACCUAAGAAAGUAAUGAGGGCAAAUGUUCAUCACAUGACUUAACUCUUAGUCACACAGUUAACAGUAUUUAUUCUGAACAACAAUAUCCUGAUCACUAAUUAAAGAAGAAAGAACAUUCUACCAGCAACUACAAUGUUACCUGCACACACCUGAGAACUAUGCUAUGUGUGUGUAUAUAUAUAUAUAUAUACACAUACAUACACCCCCAACCUAAGUGAAUAAGUUUUAUUUAGAUAUUUAUCUAUUCCUAUUAUGUUUUCGAGUCUCAUGCAAAUGCUAUAAUUUUUGUUGAGAUGAUGAUUGAUUUAUCCUGUCAAUGUAAACUAGUUAAAAAUGUUACCAUUACCUGUGAUUAUUAAUAAUGUCUAUUCAGGUAGUAGUUGUCAUCUAAAGUAGUCCUGCAAUGAAAGUGUUCCAUGUAAAAGCUUUGUGCUCGCAACUUUCCUUAUUUUAGAGUUAUAGAGAGCGUGAAAGAGCAGUAUGUUAAACCUCAUAAGGAAUAUUCACUGUUAUGAACUACUAACAAUGUGAGGUAUUUUACUCAUCCUGUGUUCUAAAACUGAAAGGAGUGGUGGAUUUAUACACUGCCUGACAACAUUAUUUGGAAUAUCUUUCCUUUGGCCAUGAUUCUGGAUGGCAUAGGUUCAACAAGAUCUUAUGUAUCUGGAAUAGUGGAUGACCAAGUAUCUAUCAAUGCACCCAACAGUUGACCCUCUGGUGUUGGCAGUGAAUCCUACAUUCAAGCUCAUCCCACUGAUAUUAACUAGUUCACACCACUACAUAGUGUUCUAACUGUGAGUGCCACACAAUGUGGAUUCAAUGUUUAGUGAGAUUUUCUCCAUGCCUUAUCUGUCCCAGCUGUGUUAAACUGUUUAAAUCUGACUAUACAACAUUGUUCCAAUCAUCUACACUCCAUUCCUAUUUUCUCUCUAGCACUAUUGAGUUUCUACGUAUUUAUAUACAAUAAGGUAUGCGCAAUUCAGAGAAUAGGCCAAAAUAUUUCUUAUUAAUAGUUUUCUUGCAAAAGCUAUGCCUAAAGCAUGUUGACUAGAUAAAUUUGUAGGGUCUUUUUUUAUUUAUUAUAUAUUCAUUAUUUUUAUUUUACAUCACAAGCCAUGUGUAACAAAACAUGUAAAAUCACAUUUUUUAAUGAUGUCCAAGUUAAUUUUUUGACCUCAAGUACUUGUUGAGAUAACUAAGUAAUUUCAAGAGGUAUGGCUGUAGAACAAUAUGAUUUGAAAUUAGAAAUGAUCUCAGAUUUUGAUAUUUAAUUUGGUCUAGAGAAAUAUAAUAUCCUGUACUUAAAAGUGUAUGGUUGAACACAACUAAAAAAGGAGAAUUUAUUACCCAUAUGGUUUUGUUGCCUUCAAAUUAUCAAAAACUAUUUUUUCCUUGUUUUUUUAAAUACAGCUUGUAUACUUGCAGUCUAGUUUUUCAAUUGUUAGAAUAUUGGUAACUCUUUAUGAAAUUAAAUUUCUUAACCUUGAGUUACUUUGAUAUCCUAUACUAAUGUUUAAAUUUGUCUUGUAUUUUAAAUCAAAUGCCUUUUCCAUAAUCUGAGUUGUUAAGACGAUGUGGAAUUACAUAAAAAUAUUGGUAAAAACAUAAGGGAGGAGGGAAACAAAUUUGGGAUAAUAUGCCUUUCAUAUUUUGAUAAUUAUUCAAUUUAAAAUUGUCCACAUGCAUUAUGUGUGUGUUUAUCUUUUGCAUUGCUUUAAAUUUUGUUUUGAAUCAGUGUGAGCAACAUUAAACAGUAGUGAUUCUGAAUUUAUUGAAUAUUAAUUUAUUACACUCAAUGUUAUUAUAUGUAUUUGGAAUAUUUCUUUAAAAUAUUUAUCCCUGUACAUAAGACCUAAAAAUAUCAGGUAUACUUUAUCACUGUUUAUGUAAUUUUGGAUGUUCUUGCAUGAAUUUGUUAAUGUUAUCUAGAUAACCCUUAACACUGUUGACUCGGUAAAUUGUGGUCUGUUUAAAGAUGUUAGAUUAUUUUAGUAACUGUACUUCAUGUAAAAAAUGCACUGCAGUUAACUGAAAUGACCAGCCAACUUUAGCUUCUACUUUAAACAUAUCAAGUCAGCUGUCUUCUAGCUCAUUCUGUGCUAAUCAUUUGUUUGUGAAGUUGUUAUUUCUGCUGAUUGUGUGCUUAUCUUCCUUCAAGUGAUUUAGUACCAACUGUCUUUUAGUUUAUUCACAAGUAAAGUUUAUUUUAUUUCAACAAUUUAUAAAAUACAGUUUACAUACAAUCAA